GGAGAAGAGCAAGCAACCCGCACACAUCGCACGCGCACGCUCGCUCGCUCGCGGUUGCUUCGUCUCGUGGUGCCCGACCGAUUCCGCGUCCGCGCGAGGAUAAGAUCCCAAUCCCCAUGGCGGCGGCGGCGGCGUGGGAGGAGGAGCUCACGGAGGCGGAGCUGGAGGUGGCCGCCAUUCUCUGCGGCCUUAAGCGCAUCCUGCGCGGGCGGGACCGGCGGCGGCGGCGGCGUUUUUGCCGGGAGGCACCGGAGAUUCCCUCGUGGGGCCGGCGCCGGCUGAGGUCGGUGCUGGAGGACAACAAGCCCGCCGUCGCCGCUGCCGCAGUCGCGGAGAGGGGCGACGGGGCCGCCAGCCCCGACACGCCGCUCGCCUUCCCGGAGAGCGGCGGGGACGAUGCGGCGGUGGUGGAGGAGGAUUUCUCCAAGAAGGCCAGGACGCACGCGGAGUGGGUGCAGGAGCAGCACGGCGUGGUCGCGAGCUUGUCCCAGGAGAAGGCGCAUCUCCUCAAGCAGAUCGAGGAGUAUAGAGCUCGGCUGCAGAGCUCGAGGAGCACGAACGAGAGCUUGAAGCAACUGCACAAGGUGAGGGAGAAGCGGGAGCAAGAGCAGGCGCUGAAGCUGCGGAUGAUGGCGCAGCGGCAGGGGACGACGCAGGCGCGCGCCAACCCCCGCCCGGCUCCGGGGCUGGGGCUGGACCUGAACGAGCCGGCGCGUGCGCCGGAGGGGGAGGAGGACGAUGCCGCGGCGAGGGCGAGGGCGGCGGCGGCGGAGGAGUGGUGCCGACAGGGGCAGCUGCGGGCUGCAUUGCAGAAGGCGGCGGUGGCGGCGGUGGCGCGGCGGCGGCGGCUGGAGAUCCUGCGGGCCAAGGUGGCCUCGCCGUUGGUGUCGAGCAGGACGCGGCGCGCGGGGUGAGGAGGAUAAUGAUAGGCGUGCAAGUUUUGAGCGUGGCAGGCUAGUCGAAUCGGACUAGUACUGGUAUCACUUGUUCUAGUAGAGAAUUGUUUUGCGAUGACAAGAUAGCAAGCUAGUAUUCAUAUUCAUAUUCAUAUUCAUGUCUGGAUUGAUGAUGCGAGUGCUCGUCUCAAUCUUGUAAUAUUGUGAGAUUUUGAUCGGUAUAAACUAGUGCUAGUAUCACCACUAUUAAUUAAUUAAUUAAUUGUUUGUGUGUAUGUAUUGCCA